AUGCAGAACGAUAUACUUACUAUAUUUUUUGUUUUAUCACUUGCUGUUGCGGAGGUUAUUCACUUCAAUCUUACCUUUACAGGUGAUGAAGUUGGAAGUAGAGAGGUUGGAGUGUUAGACGGAAUAUUCGCUGGUGUCUUUGAUGAUGCCCCAGAAUUUAUCCUCAAUACCGAUGAUGGUACCAUAUCUGAUAUAAAUGAUAAUGUCUUUUAUAAAGCAGAUGAAUUAGGAAUUCACGGUGGGUUUGAUUCAUCCGAUAGUAAAUGGGGACUUGAUGGCGAUUAUUUAACCUGGAAUGGAAGUCCAAGUUUCUACCUUUGUGGCACAGACGACCAUUUGCAAAUCACUAUCCCUUACAAUAUUCAAAUUGUAAACAGGCAAUGUCCCGCGAUUAAGUUGGUCAUCAAAAGAGUUGUCGAGAAUAAUGAUGGUACUAACACCACUCCAGGGGGAGAUUCAAAUCAAUCUCCGGGAGGGGACUCAAAUGAAAAUAUUAACCCCCCAAGCUUGGGAGGAAACAAUGCCUCUAACAAUACCGUCACUACGAUCGAAGGCAGGGCUGGAAUUGUUGAGGGUCACACUGAAUUAACUGCUAUAGUGCUUGCUUUCUUGGCAUUGUUAGUUUAG